GGCGGCGGCGGCUGGCGUGGGGCUGCUUAGAUGCGCCACUGUUUCGGCAGCGACGGCAUCUUACGCUGGUUCAGAACCUUGAUAGCACCUCCCGCAGGAGACAGUUGCAGUCGGCCAGUACCUGCUUCACGGUAACGAUGUGCGACCGAAAGGCCGUGAUUAAAAAUGCGGACAUGUCGGAAGAGAUGCAACAGGACUCGGUGGAGUGCGCUACUCAGGCGUUGGAGAAAUAUAACAUAGAAAAGGACAUUGCGGCCCAUAUCAAGAAGGAGUUUGACAAGAAGUACAACCCCACUUGGCACUGCAUCGUGGGGAGGAACUUCGGUAGUUACGUGACACAUGAAACCAAACACUUCAUUUACUUCUACCUGGGCCAAGUGGCCAUUCUUCUGUUCAAAUCUGGUUAAAAGCAUGGACUGUGCCACACACCCAGUGAUCCAUCCAAAAACAAGGAUUGCAGCCUAAAUUCCAAAUACCAGAGACUGAAAUCUUCAGCCUUGCUAAGGGAACACCUCGAUCUUUGAACCUUUAUUGUGUUUUGUACAGGGUAUUCUCUGUACUAGUUUGUUGUGGUUAUAAAACAAUUAGCAAAACAGCUUACAUUUGUAUUUAUUUUCUAUUCCAUACUUCUGUGUCCCAUGUUUUUUUCCUCUCAAAAUCCAUUCCUUUAAAAAAAUAAAUCUGUUGCAGAUGUUUA